AUGGGAAGAAAGAAGAAGCGACAGGCCAAACCAUGGUGCUGGUAAGAUUUUUUUUGUUUACUUUACAUAUCGUUAUAAUUUAGGUAUUGCAAUCGAGAGUUCGACGACGAGAAAAUCUUGAUCCAGCAUCAAAAAGCAAAGCAUUUCAAAUGCCAUAUAUGCAAUAAAAAAUUGUUUACCGGUCCUGGUUUGGCCAUUCAUUGCAUGCAAGUUCAUAAGGAGACUAUUGACAAGAUACCUGGAGCCGUUCCAGGAAGAGACUCGGUAGAUGUGGAGGUUUAUGGAAUGGAUGGAAUCCCUCAAGAGUUUGAUGGGUCUUCUGAACCCAAGGCAAAGAAGCCGUUGAUUCCACCGAUGCCUGCUUCGGCUCCAAUCAUGCCCCCUCCUCAAGUUACCGGACCUGCAGGAUUGUACGCCAUGUCCUCAGCAAAUCUGAUGCCGACUUACUACAACAUGAUUCCGACUCCGUCAAUGCCGCAGCCUAGCGCGCCUCAGAUUCAGAUAAGAAUGCAACAACAUCUUCCCCAUCUCCCUCCUCAGAUCCCUAUGCCUGCUGCGUCCAUGGGACCACCACACCAGCCACACAUGGCUUCAAUGCCAACAUUUUCGUAUAAUCAACCCCCUCCAUUAACAGAGACGUCAACAGCUGCAGAAACAUCAGCAGCCAGUACAAUCGCCAAGGCAAACAGUGCCAAAACAAGAAUUGUGGUUCCAGAUGAGGGAAUCUCUUUGGUAAGUUGGUGGAUCUAUUUUUAAUAUUCAUUUUUAGGAAGAAAACAUGGCAAACAGGUUGGAGAUGCUAUCGCAAUCGAGAUUUCAUUGAUUAGCAGGUAA